AUGCUACGGCUAUUGUUAUUGAAAGCAUUUGGUUUUUCUUUGUCCGUAGCUGUGGAGACAUCAUCCCUAACGGAAUUUGUAUGCCAUGUAAUCAAAAUUCAAAAUAAAGUACCCAGUCGGAUUUCCGUCGUUCGUCUACAACCGGACGAAGUAGAAUCUGCUGGUAGAAUCCAAUAUUUCAUAGAUGAGAGUGCCGUCGAGAAGAGCGAAGUGAGGAUUGAUCCAGACAACGAAGAGUUGCAAUUUUCCGCUAUGCCUUCUCCGAUGUCGAUGGCUGUCACUGUUCGAGCUACCGCCAAAACAAGAUUCAAUCAACACGUAACUGCCGCGACGGUGGUUCGCGUCCAUAUGGUCUGUUUUGUUGGCUCACACGCCUGGGACACAAUUUGA